AUGGUCGUGGACAGCCCACGCCGGUACAUCUUUGUGGCCACGGGACAGGAGGUCGUUGUCCUCUCGAUGGGCUCCGCCCGGGGGAUCGCGGCCGGCCUGCUGGGAGUCGAGGAUGUCAUUGGCCUCCCGCAGGGCAUCGCCUGGAGCAGCACGCAGGAGCGGCUCGUGGUCUCCGACCUCCGCGGGCAUGUGCUGCGCGCCGUGGACGUGUUGGACACUGGCAGCGUGGACAUCGUGGCCGGCACCGAGGGUGUGGGAGUUGACGCAGGCGACAAUGGGCCAACCGUGCAGGCAUCAUUGCAGGCUCCGCGGGGGCUUGCCCUUGUGGGCACCGCAGCCUUCGUCUCCACCGGUGGUGACCGAAUCCGCCGCGUUGACCUGGCUCCUGGGGGGAGCAUCACCACGGAGGUCAACAGCGCUGGUGUCCGUGGCGUUUGGGGCGAUGGCGGUCCGGCCACACAGGCUGAGCUGAACGCGCCGCAGCAUGUGGCUGUGCUCCAGGACAAGGUGUUCAUCGCGGACCGCAACAACCAGCGGGUGCGUCUGCUGAAUCGGGGCACAGGUCAAAUCAGCAGUGCUGCGGGUCCGCUUGUGGUGAGUACCUCAGGUAGCAAGUUCGAGGCGACCUACUCCAUCACCAUCGAUCCGAACGUGACGUCUGCCAGCCUACCACGGGACCUGGUGACCACCGCGCCCGUCGGCGUGACGGUGUCUGCGGAUGGCAGCCUGGCCAUCAUAUCCGAUGAGCACUCGGAGUCGCUGCUGGUCCUGGACCUGGCGGUCUCGCCGCGGCGCGUGCGUGUCCUGCAAGGCAUCAGCAUGCUCAAGGAUCCGAAGGACCUACUCCUGGCGCCUAAUGGCACGCUCUUCGUGGCGGAUCAUCAGCAGCAUAGCAUCUUUGCCAUGGAGUUGGUGUGUUCCGAGGCCGUGUCGGUGUACUCAGGUGGGUGCAUUGCGCAGUCCGUGCGCCGCAUCCUCGGCAGCGGCGAGGGCCCCGGCGAUGGUGACACCGAGCGACGACAGCCGGAAACGUCCACGCUGACCAGCACGCUCACGAGCACGAGCACCUACACCUCCACACUGUCUGAACUGCCAUGCUGGAAUCACAUCCUCGGCCCCCCGGGGGCCGACUGCAACGAGACCUGUGCGCGCUACGAGGGCGUUUGCGACCCCAACGUGGUGGACGGCUUCACCUUUGAAGGCUUCCAGAGCUCCGUGCUGGCCGAAGAGCGCGUCACCUGCCAGCGCGACAGCCGCACUUGGUUUGGCGGUGCCCUUCCCGGCUUUGAGACGAACCGCGAGUCGAGGAACUUUGGCUGGUGCCUGGGUACCUACGGCAUCCCUGCCGAGGUCUCCUGCACCGCGCUGUACAUGGAGUACGGCCGGGCUUCGACGACCAUGCGCCGCUGGUGCCGAUGCAGCCGCGAGUCCAUGUGCUACAUGACGACCACGACGACUGUGCUGCAAGCCCAUGUCCCCACAUCCACCACGACGCGAACCUGGACUGGGGCAUCCACAACCUUCACGCGCUUCUCAUCAACAACCUGGACCAGCACGGUCACUGCCACGACGCUGCCGGCCACCACGUCUCCCUCUCCAUACAUCCAGCCGUGCCCAGAGGGGUACGACCGAAUGCCCUCGCCUUUGCCGCUGGCGUCGCCGGUCCCGCAGCCGUCUGCCCGGGCCUGCGCAGUGCAUUGCGAGGUCUCCAGCGGCUGUGCGGCCUUCGCCUUCGACGCCACCACCGGGCUCUGCGGCCUUGCAAGCGCCCCGACGGGCGAUUGGCCAGUGUCGGUCGACCCUGGGUCAGUGCACUACACGUCUUGCAGCCGGGAUCCAGAUCAGCUUGACCUCUUGCUGCAGCUGCUCAUGGCGGACUGGCUGCCUGCGCAUGCACCCCUGGCGGAGCCGGGUGCCAUGGCCUUGGAUUCCACGAGGCAGCUGCUCUAUUUCUGCGACGCCGGGAACCACAAGAUCAAGGUCUUGGACAUGGGCCGGAACGAAGUGCUGACCGCCGCUGGCAUUGGCGAGUCGUACACCAAGUUCAGUGGCGACGGCCAGCCUGCCCGGGAUGCCACCAUGAGUCGACCGAGGGGCCUCGCCUUGGACGAGGCCAAUGCUCACCUCUACGUGACCGACUCCGAGAAUCACGUGAUCCGCCGGAUCAAGCUGGGAGCCAACCGGCUCACUGGCAUCAUCGAGUCGGUUGCCGGCACCGGUGUUGGUGGCCUGGGGCAAGACGGCCUGGAUCCACUCCUAUCGCGCUUCAACUAUCCCUGGGGUCUGGCCGUGGAGCCCGUGGGAGGUUCCGUAAGGCUCUACGUGUGCGACAACGCCAACCACCAGGUGUCCUUGAUCGACCUGGCGUCCAGCCCACCGGUGGUGAGAAAGAUCGCCGGACUGCGCGAAGCCGGUGCUGUGCCCAGCGAGGUGGGUGAUGGUGGGCCGGGCCUUCAGGCGCAGGUGUUGCGACCGCAGGCAUUAGCCCUGGCCGGGAGGGUGCUGCUCUUCGCGGAACCUGAGCGUGAGCGCCUGCGCGAGCUACAUCUAGACACGGAUGUCAUCGAUACCGCCCUGGAGACAUACGCGGUGAACUUCUCCAUCGGCGAGGGGUUGGCUGGCAUCGUCCCCUUGGACUAUGCCGCGGGCUUCUCGCUGCCCACGGGGGUGGCGGUGCAGGGAGACAUCCUUUACACGGCCUCCUACGGCACGGGUCAAGUGCGGCAGACCAACCUCACAACCGGGCUCACCACCGACUUUGCUGGGAGGCGCAACGAAGGCUUCCUGGUGGCCUCUCCUGGCGCGGGCGAUGGAGGCCCGGCGCCCUUCGCCGUCCUCGCUGGGCCCGUUGCUGUCGUGGCCGCGGGCGAGGUGGUCUACAUCGCCGAGAGCGACAACGGCCGCAUCCGGGAGGUGAACCUGUCGACAGGCAUCAUCAACACGCUCCCGCAAUCGGUGCCCGCAGCUGGUCAAGAGCCCUCGCUCUACGGCCUCUCUUUGGAUCCUCUGCGGCAGAUCUUGUACGCAUCCUCGCCCUCGGAGUACGUGGUGUACAGAUACCACUUGGAGGCAGGCCCGUGCGUCGCCCCGCAAGCCGUGGCCAAUGCUGCUUCCCCCUCGUGCGUGGAGGGUGAGGAGGUGAACCUCGACCACUGUACCCCCGUCUGUGUGGAGGGCUUUCUUCCGACGGUCUCGUCUUUGCACUGCUCCGAUGGUGUCCUCACGCCGCCGCACUUCCGCUGCCUGCCCGCCCCUUGUUACGCCCCGUGGGGUGUCGAGCACGCCGCGCAACCUCCAUGUGCGGAGGGCCAUCUUGUAGCCUCGGGAUCGAGUUGCACUUCCUUGUGUACGGGAUCCUACGAGCCGGAUGCCAACCUCACAUGCCUCGAAGGCCAACUGCAGCCGUCAAGCUUCCAGUGCAGCCUGCCGCAGACCACGACCACGGUUACUGCCAGUGGUUCCGUCGUCGUUCAGGAGAACGCGAGCCAAAGCCAAGCGUCCAGCAGCGAAGUCGACCGCGGGACAGAUGCGGAGGUGGAGGUCGUGCAAUGGCAGCCAGAUGGGCUCUUUGAUCCCAACAUCGUGUACAACCCGGAGACUGCCCCUCGGAGCGACGUGCCGCUGAACAGCACCUUUGCCUUCGAGGCGGCCACUGGCGGCUUGGAUCUGCAGGAGGUGUCCCUGCUGGCGAACUCAGAGGCACUGCGUCGCCCACUGCGCAUAGCCUUGGCAGAGACCCUGUCCCUGCUCCUUGAUGAUGUGGAGCUCCUGGCGGUCUUUCCAUCCCUGCCCAUGGUAGGAGCUCGACGCCUCGCCGUGUCCCCCUCGCAUCGCUUUCUGGUGGCCUUCUCUGUGCCCAACCCCCCACAGUGGGUGCAGAGUCGAGCGGAGGCCCUGAACUUGGGCACCGAAGACGCGCGCGAGGCGUGGACCUCUUCACUGGUGGCCGUGCACUUCAUUGAGGCCAUGGGCGAGGUGGCGCUCAACCGAGACCGGCCAUGCUCCUUACCGAGCCCUCCGAUCGACGCGCCACUCGUGGCUUGCGAGGAGGAGCUCCUUCGCACGCCCUCCCUUGGCACCUGCACCACCCGCUGCCUUGCGCCGAAGCGCCCCACGCCGGUCCAGCUCGCAUGUUUCGCCGGCUUCUGGAGCCCUGCGGGGUUUUCUUGCCUUGCCCCCGAGGUGCAGGAGGAAGCUACUUGCGCUGUGCCUGUGGGCAUCGAAGAUGCCGACGAUCCCGCCUGCGAAGGCUUCGUGGAGACGCUGCCGCCGGGGUCUGCCUGUGCUCCGAGGUGCCGAAGUGGUCAUGUCCCUACGGAAGCUGUCCUCGCCUGCGUGGGCGGGACCCUCCGGCCGCCCAGCUUCCGCUGCGUAAAGCCAGAGUGCCCGGUGCCCACCGACAUCCCGCAAGCCUCGGCCAAUGGCAGCUGCAAGGAGAACUACACGGAUGGCCUGAUCCCUGGCGGAAGGAGAUGCACUGGUGCCUGCGCGGAUGGCUUUCGGGCCACGGCCAACCUUUCGUGCCUCUUGGGGCGGCUGGUUCCCGCCCGCUUCUCCUGCAUCGACGCCGCCAUCGCCGCCUCGGGCGGCGAUGCGGCCGACGACUUCUGGGGCUCCGCAGGCGGAGGUGCGACCCUACCGCCGACGGCGGCGCCUGACACAACGACCACGGAAGCUCGGCCUACCUCCGCUGCCCCUCCAGAACCCAGCUUUCUGGACACCGUCCUCGGAUUCGUCGAGAGCGAGCUCUUCAUUGUCGUCACCGCGGCCACGGGGGGAGCUUGCUUGUUCUCUUGCUGCGCCUGCGGCGCGUGGGCGUUGCUGCGCCGGCGCCGGCGCCGGCAGGCGUCUACCGACAAGGUGGAGACCAACUGGGAAGAGAUCUCCGAGCUGGCCCAUAGCUUUCGCGAGCAAGAGGCCCCAAGCUCCGCGCGGUCAACGGGCUCACGGCAGUCACGGAAAAUGAGAAAGGCCGCUUCUGAGACGAGCUUCGAGGCAGAAAGCCAGGCGACAUCCAUCAUGGACGACCAGGUGGCUGGCGACACGUUCAGCUUCGAUGGCUUGGAAGGCCCCGAGGAGGUGAAGGAAGUGCUGCGGCUCAUCACCCGCCCGACUCAGGCGUCGGAGCAUGCGGCACCCGAGGAGGUGGGCGAUGUGGAGGACAGUGGGGCAGCCGACGACGACGAAGCGGAACGAUCCAUGCCGGUCGAAACACCGCCGCGGACGACCGAGGAGCCAGAACUCAUCCGCAUCGCGCAGGAGGCGGCACGCGAGGCCGAGCAUGAGCCCACUCCCUCUGACCUCCUCCGCUUCGCGCAGCGGAUUGCCUCGGAGGAGCGCCAGGCCUCGGCCCGGGCUGCCGGUGACGUGCGCGACGCGCGCUUCGAUGCCAUGGACCGGGAGCUCGGUGAGGCGGUCGCGGAGGCUGCUGCAGUGUCGCCCUUGCGGCCGAAGAGUCGAUCUUCGAUCAGGCAGACGCCGUCUGAAAGGCCAGCCGGCUCCUUGCGAUAA